GUCCUGCUAAAGCUAGUACCAGUCAGGACGCUGGCGUGAGCGGUUGUGUUCAUGUGAUUGUGUUAUUGGAUUAUUCAUCUGUGAUUGAUACAAGGCCCUAAAGACAGCAAUGUUAUAGUCCUAACAAUAGUGUAAAUAGUGUAGUGUGUGAUAAAACUUAGUGUCAAAAUGGGCUGCAAUACGAGUUCCGAAGCCAAGUCGAAAAAAGAAGAGAAGGAUUCUCAGGAAAAUAAGGCGAAUGCCGCGGCAGAGGAGAAACAAAAAGAAUCUACGGAUCAGGGUGGUCCCUCAGAAGAAGCAGCUGCCACAAAAAUCCAAGCGGUUUUUCGAGGGCACAAGACAAGAAAAUCAAUAAGUAUGAAGGCGGUUGAGAAACCAGCUGAGAAGAGCCAGCCAGAACCGAGCAAGGCUGAACUGGAAGCUGAGUUUCGGGCUGAUGAUAAAGACUUGUGCAAUGCGGCGACGAAAAUUCAAGCGUCAUUCCGCGGUCAUCAAGCGCGCAAGCAGACCCAGGUUGAAAAAACCAAGGAACAACAGGAUAAGGAGGAUGUCGAGAACAUCGACUUGACGGAUCCCGAGCUGAACAAGGCUGCCACUAAGAUACAGGCCUCCUUCCGCGGUCACAAAGUUCGCAAAGAUACCAAUUAAUUUUACCCCUAUGGCUUUUGUACGAAAUUACAACUAACUAAUUCUUCUAGGUUAAUUUUAAAGUUAUUAAAAGGUUUUUGAAGCAUUUAAAACAUAGAACAACACCGGUACUUUGUAACUCUUAAUCGCUAUCGGGAAAUUUUUCUUACCUAAUGUGGAGACGUAUUUUCGCAUCCCCUUACCCCAAAAGUAGUAGGAUUGUAGGACUUGGCCCCGCCACUACUGGACACCUACAGGCCUCUCGAUAUGAGUUUGUAUUUGUCUUUUCGAGUCGAAAGAGUUACACGGCACUGGUGCAGGUAGAAAAGUAAUUAAAAAACUAUACAGUUUUUUUCUAUAGUAAAUAGCCAACACAUGUUCAAUAUUAAUUACAAAAUUAAACUUAAAAAUUCGCUG